AGGCCGGAAGCUGCGCGUAGCCCGCCGGGGUUCUAGGGAAGGUCACGCGAGCCGCUGUUGUGUACCCGCGCCUGCUUCCCCUUGACCUUUGCUGUGGCCUGAGCCCACAGGAGCUGCAGCAUGGGGCCCCCGCCGCGCACCGUGGAGCUCUUCUACGAUGUGCUGUCCCCCUACUCCUGGCUGGGCUUCGAGGUGCUGUGCCGGUAUCAGAAGCUCUGGAACGUGCAGCUGCAGCUGCGGCCCAGCUUCCUUGGAGCAAUCCUGAGAGACAGCGGAAACCUGCCUCCAGCCGAGAUUCCCCGCAGAACACAGUACAUGAGAAGCGACCUUCAGCGCCUGCAGCAGCUUUUCCAGGUUCCCCUCCGAUUCCCAAAGGAUUUCCCUGGGAUUGUUAGAAAAGGAAGUCUGUCUGCCAUGCGAUUCCUCACUGCCGUGGACACGGAGCAGCCAGAGAUGCUGAAGAAAGUAUCCCGGGAAUUGUGGAUGCGCAUCUGGUCACGGGAUGAAGAUAUCACAGAGCCCCAGAGCAUCCUGGCGGCUGCAGAGAGGGCUGGUCUGUCUGCAGAAGACGCCCGAGCACUGCUAGAGAAGAUAUCCACACCGCAGGUGAAGAACCAGCUCAGGGAGACCACGGAGGCAGCCUGCAGAUACGGGGCCUUUGGGCUACCUACCACCGUGGCUCACGUGGAUGGCCAGACCCACAUGUUAUUUGGCUCUGACCGCAUGGAGUUACUGGCACACCUGCUGGGAGAGAAGUGGAUGGGCCCUGUGCCUCCAGCCCCGAAUGCCUGACUUUGAGACUGCUCUGGGGAAACUCACUGUUUGUUCAGAAGAGCAGACCUUCUACUGAACCACUCCACUAUGGUACUGGGAUCGGGCUUCUCUGUCGGUUGGAGUUAUCUCCUGUGGCCUUGGGGGUUCACAUCCCCACUUCCCUUAGGGGUGCCAGGAAGGGCAUCUACCAGGAAUACAGCCCUGAUGGAGAAUGGCAUGGUUGUUCCUCAAAAAAUUUAAAAUAGAACUCUGAAUGAUCCACUCGGAUUCUAUGACCAAAAGAAAUACGAAAUCCAAAAGUAUGUGAAGGAGAUACCUGCACUGUCGUGAUCACCUCAGUGUUAGCCAAAUUGUGGAAACAGUUUAGGUGUCCACCUAUCCAUGAAUGAUAAAGAAGAUGUGGUACAGACUUGUGGCAUGAGUUUCAAAACUUUUCUGGGGGCCGGCAUUGUGGCAUAGCAGAUAAAGCUGCCACAUGUCACACUGGUGUCCCAAUGUGGGCCCAGGACCGAGUCCUGGCUGCUCCGAUUCCAAUCUAGCUCUAAUCUAGCUCUGCUAAUGAGCCUGGGAAGGUGGCCCAAGUGUUUGGGCCCCUUCUCCCAUAUGGGAUACCCAGAAUGAAGCUCCUGGCUCCAGUCUUUGCCCAGCCCUUGCCAUAUUGUGGCCAUUUGGGGAGUGAACCAGCGGAUGGAAGACCUCUUUGUCUCUCCUUUUGUGUCUCUCUAACUCUUCGUUUCAAGUAAAUAAAAUAAAUCUUAAAAAGCC